AAUAUUUUGUUAGCUAGUUAUCAAUAUGACUAUUUUCUGAAGUGAAAACAUAAUUUUAAGACUGUUUAAAAGUGAUUGUUUGUGGAUAUUCACAAAGUAAGAAUGCAUUCACUUUAAAUACAGACUGACCUAUUUCAAAAAUGCUAUAAUGGAAAGUGAGGAACUGGAUUCAGAUCUGUUUGCAAAUUGGGUGCGAGGCUCAAAAGGUCUAGAAUACUUACAGGAAGGUCUUCAAGAAUUUGUUGGAGAAAAGGUACUACAAUGUCGUGAUAAUACUCUUCAAAACAUAACAUUGAAAUUACCAUCUGGAUCACCACAACAGUGUAACCAAUGUACGGAAAAUAAUCUUUCUCCAGAUCAUUUCAACUCUUCGAAGGCAUGUAGCAGGGGCACAUGUUACCAAAACAGGCCCACCAACUGUUUUGGAAGCAGACCAGUCGGACGUAGGAAAUGCCCUGAUGGCAUAUGUAGUAAAUUUUACGAUGCAAUUAUAGAUGAGCAUGUAUUUAAAGACCCAUUAUGGAAGAACACUGAUCCAAGUACGUGGUGUUCGGAUCCUCAUGGGUGGAGUUAUGCAAAGUGUUUCCAAACAAUUAAUGGUCCAGGAACAUCAGCCAAAGAUACAGAUGCAGCUGGUCUGCUCAGCAUAAUUAUAAACAACAGGUCAAUACAAAACUUUGUGACCAGUAUUAAUCCUACCAGUUCGUUUCAUUUGGCGAGAGACAUCCGAAAUAAGCUCUUGCAUAGCCCCAAGCUUGAAAUCGACGAAACAACACUAUAUUCUUAUUUGGACGUGUUCAUUGUAGUUCUUCAAGAUCCAAAGUGUCUGGUUAAUGAUGAGGAGUCAAAGAAAGCUAUUGAUAAACUAACACAGUUAAGAAACAACACAAUACACAUAAACCAAGGAGACAAAGUAUCACUUCUUCAGAUGCGAAAUAAGGCGUUGACCGAACUUGACGACAGAACAGCAGAAUGUUUGCGUAAACUCGAUGAGAAAGCAUUAGCUUUACGGUAUAAAUUAAAGCUAGAUAUUGAUGAAUUUAAGGAUUCCGCUUUGGCUGAUGUUGAGAACGCAGGUAUAUCAGUAAAGCAAUCACUGACUGUAGAGAAAGGGGUUGCCAUGUCUGACAUUGCCACAGCCAGGAAACAGGGUAUACAUGACAUUGCUGGGAAGACUACUGAUGGUAUAUCUGAAAUAAACACAGUCGGUAAAGAGGCAAUACAGGACAUUGCUGGGAAGACUACUGAUGGUAUAUCUAAAUUAAACACAGCCGGUAAAGAGGCAAUACAGGACAUUGCUGGGAAGACUACUGAUGGUAUUUCUGAGAUAAAAGCAGUCGGGGGACAGGCUUUACAAGACAUAUCUGAGGCAAAAAACGAUAUUGAUGGACAGAAAAGUGAAGCUAUAUCUGAAAUCUGUAGUUUAAAAAAAGACGUUUUAUCUGUAAUCACCAAGGCUGGUACAGAAACAAAAGAAAAUGUUCUUGUGGGUGCUUGUGCUGCUAGGUCUGAUAUGAGCGGACAAGUUGUUUCAAAAGAAUCCAUUUUUCAAAAAGUUCGUCGGAAGCUCAAAAAUGCGUUCAGUCCUUCAAGUUCAAAAUCACAUUUUAAGGUGUUGCCAAGCCAAUCAAAGAAAGGUAAAUGAAUUUAUCUUUUAUCAUUUUGAGGUCUGUGAGGAGGAUUAAGGUUAGCCCUUGUCCGUCCGUCCAUACGUUUGUCCGUUCUCAUGUUGUUUCACAACCUCUAAAAAUAUUUCGUCUUGAGUCAAGAAACUUAACAGAAAUGUUGAUCA